AAAAAAUGUGAAGUGUCUUACCGAGUAUUGAUGACAAUUUUCGUUCAUAACAACUUAGUCUGAAACUAAAAUAAAUCACAUAUUCUGAAAGCUCUUGACCAGUUCUACAAUUCUGACUUAAAAAUAAUUGAGAAAAAAACGGAAACUGACAGAAAAAAAAGAUUUUCUUUCUGCAGGCGGCGCUAAAAUCCAGGUUUUUGAGACUGUGGCUGCAGUUUCUUUGGAACUAAAAGCGCUAGAGCCUUGGUUUUUUCACAAGUGAAUGACCAAACAUAGACAAGUAGAACAAAAUCAAAAACCAAAAUCGGUUCAGUGGAAGUUGAUUUAUAGCCGGUGCACUCUUUCGGAUACAGCGGUACAAUGAUUGUGCUCUUCGCUCGUAUAUUUAAACCAAUGAGUAUAACCAUCUUUCCAUGUGAGGAAAAACGUGUAGAAAAAUUUGCUCAUGAUUGUAGAUUACAUUUAUAUCCAGUAUCCGUAUUUCAUUGAUAAUUGAAAAAUAGCAACAAAAAAACGUAUUAUGCUAUAAAAUUGAUCUUAUUUUGUUUGUUGAGAGUAAAAAAGAAAUUAUCAAACUAAUGAUCUAGAUCAGAUUUGUUAUAAGUUGUCUCUUUUUGUUGUUUUCUAGGGUCUUUGGCUUCGAAUUGAAGAUGCUGAAGUAUUUUUUUAUAGUUUAAGUCGUAUAAAUUCAGAUCAUCGUUUUCAAGUGGAAAAACGUGCUAGUAUAAAAAUUUUAUCAUCACCAUCAACAUGGUCAUCUAAAUUUAAUCAACAUCAAAAUCAAAUUCAAGAAGUCAUUACAUAUAUUUUAACAAUUGAUGAUGUAAAUCAUUUAGAUGAAGGCAAUUAUUCUUGCCAAGUUGAUAAUCGUAUAAUAAAAUUAUAUCAAUUGAAUGUUGUUGAACAUCCACGUUUUGUUACAAAUGAUUAUAGUUCUACAACCACUUAUCGUACUCAAAUGGGUAAAAAUGUCACGCUAUCGUGUAGAGCACAAGGCAAACCGUUACCAUUAAUUACAUGGAUUAAAAAAGCAGAUAUUCAAAAAUCAAUUAAUAUUAACUGUACAUCUCCUUGUUUAAUCAAUAUUGUCAAUGCUACUAAGUUUGAUGCUGGGGUGUAUGAAUGUAUUGCAGCAAAUUUUAUCCGAAGUGUUGUACGAAUAUAUGAACUUGAUGUACAAUAUCCGCCAGAUGUGAGUUCAACACAAUUAAAAGUACAUCGUUUUCCAGAUGAUUCAGUGACAUUUGUGUGUUUUGUUGACUCUAAUCCCGAUCCAAAUAUUAGAUGGUUUCAUAUCCCGAUUGAUUCGAAUAACAAUCGUAUAGAUUUGACAGCUUAUCAUCAACAACAACACUAUAAUUCUAAUGAAUGGUCAAUUGUAGAAGAAAAACUAAAUAGUACAAGAUGGAAAACUGUACUCUAUAUCAAACAUGUACCAAAACGGUUUCUUAAUACAGAAUUUAUUUGUUACGCAAAAAACAAAUUAGGUGACAGUAAAUAUUCAAUUCAUUUAGCAGAAAAUCUUCGACGAACAGAUAAUCAUGUCAAAAAACAUCGGAUUACUACAACGUCAAGUUUAAUAGCAUCAAAAGAUGAUGAAUAUUUAUCACUCAAGCUAUUAUCCGACUAUAAAGACGUCAAAUUUAGACGUAUGGAUUCAUCACGAAAAAAAGCUCAUCAUCGUAGGUUAUAUGUACAAUUAUUUUACUAA